GGAAAAAGUGAAAAAAUAGAAUUAAAGAUGAAAAGUUUCAUCUUGACGAGUUUCUGGUCGUUUUAAAGUUGCAAUUUUUGCUGGUAAAAGUUUGACUUUAAUGGUUGAAAAGUUUUCAAAACAAAAUGUAAGCAAACCCUGUGACUAGAGAGGACAAGUUUACGCGUGACGGAGCGACCGGAAUAGUGGAAAAGCUGCGAUUGAAAAUUGAUUGGGAGUAAUAGUUGGGAUUUUCCUCCCGAAAUACAGCAGCGAAGCUCCAUCGAGCUCGGAUCGUUGUCGACAUCGCGGGGCUGGCAUUCAGCCUCCAGUUUUUUUUUAUUUGGUUCCUCCUUCUAUGUGCUGCGCUGCUCGCAGUGGUGAUGAAAGUUAGACAUUUUAUUUGAUUGCGAUGUGAAAGUGAGUGAGAGUGAAAUAAUGGAACUGCGAAAAAAGUAUAUCCCGCAGCCUGGGAAGAGGAAAAAACGGGCGCCUUCAUAGGCGUUGGGAAGUGAAAAUUUUCAUUUGCGUGCGGGAAAACAAUGGUGUAAUUUUGAGCUGUGCGAGAGUCGUGUCCAAGUCCAAGUGAACCGUGGGAAUGCACGAUACGAUGCCAAAGGUGUUGGACAGUGAUACGGAAUCUGAGAUACCAGUCAGUAUUCAGAAUAACAACAAUAGUGAACCCAGUACGGACAAUGAGGAGAAACCGGAAACGGAGUCCCUUCCCACGGGGAUGGUACUCCCAGUCGGGAACGGGAACAUCAGUGAUACGGAUAGCACCGCGAGUACCCCCAGUAAUGCCCGACUGGUGGUCCACGGAACUACUGCGCAAACCACCGGAUCGGGUCUUCCAGCAGCAGCAGCAGGAGCAGCAGGAGCAGCAACAGCGGGAAUACCACAAGAAGUUACCAAUAGCACUAGUUUAACCAACCUCAACAGCAAUGACAGCACUGGCACCAUACCGGCCAGGCCAUCAACGGCCUUGUCAGGGUCAUCGACGACAUCGUCGGUCAUCAACGAACGGGUAAAGAAAUACCGCCAUCAACAUUUCAGCAAGAAUAUCUACAUCGGAACGAAGAAUGCGGAGAAGUGGGAUACCCUCCGGAAUGUGUUGCAGUUCAAAAACGACGUAGAAUUUGUAUCAUUUCUGCUUCGAUUGGCCGAAGUGGACGACCGAAAGCGGAAAAAUCGAAUCAUGAACGGAUUGAACGGCGAUAGGCUGCAUCCGGAGGACGAAUCGCGUAGCGAUGUGCCACCCGGCGUACUGGCGGCGGGUCAUUCGAGUGGGAAACCUAGCACUAAGAAAACCAAAAGAGUACAAUUCCAAGACAAUGUAAAUAUAAUCAACGACAGCAACAAUAGCAGUAGCAGUUUACGAACCUCCGGUGUGAAUGCUUCCGGCGGUGUAUUCGACUUCCACGAAGACGAGGAUGAUAACGAGAGUGGAACGGGCAUGGAGUUCAGGCGGCGGCGGAUGCGCUCGCAGCAACCGAUGCGGUCUCCCGAUCCACCGAACGAGGGUGAUCAACGGGACGAGGAGGCGGCUGCCGAGGGUGGUGACGAAGAUGACGAACAGUACAUCUCACAGAACAUUAUCAAGAAGAUUUCUAGUAGAGCUGCUCAGGGUAAUGAGGUGCAGCAGGAUUCGAUUAGCAGCACGAUGGGGUCUGUUUCCGAAGAUUCGUUACACGCUGAAACGGAGGUGCUAGAUUACCGCAUUGCUGAGAAGAUUAAAACCGAGUUGGAGGAGAAGCAGAAAAUGGAACGUAAAUCAUUCGGUGAAGAGUUGCCUUCGACGUCAAACUUCUCGGAGCACUCCGAUCGUCCUUCGGACGAUGAGACUUACGAUAGUAAGCUCGACAUUAGGAAGGUUGAUAUCCGGAAGGCACCUUUCGAUCCGAAACUCGGUACAAGCAGGAAGGUGAAACGAGAAACAGGUACCGUUGGACUUCGUAUAGAGUACGAAGAGCAGGAGUAUGGUCCACUCACGCCGGACGAGCGAAAACCACUGUUGCCCCCGCCAAAGAAGCCUAGAAAAGCACCAACAACGAAGAAUAAAGCCUGUAUUGGCUGUAGUCUGAAGCACGGACUCGACCCGUGUCCGCUGAAUACGCCACUGGCAGUAAUCAAUAACAAAAUCGAGCUUAAAGAAUGGUUAGACCAGAACGAAGAUUUGAUCAAGAAGCACAAAAUUGUGUUGAAAACGGAGAAUCCGGAAGAAAUGGACGAUGAGAACGAAGAUAAUUACGAUGACGACGAGGAUGAUGAUGAGGGCGAUGAGAUGGAGGAGAAUCAGUUUGAGGAGAAGUUGGACAUUAUACCGUCAUUUUCCGAAACUUCACUACCGCAAGAGUUCGAAUUGCGUUUGGCACCGCUGGCAACCACGAUCAGUACGGCUCCGCCGGCUGCUAGCAGUAAUCCUCAGCUAUCCCUGGAUGUCAACGAGUCAUCGUCAUGUGCUUUACAACCCCCGAAUGAAUCGCUAGCACCACCACCUGCACCAACCGCCACAGUGACCAACACGAUCAACCAUGGACUGAGCAUCUACACGAAGAUUUUCAUACCAAAGUAUACGCAACUGGGGCCGGUCAUUGGCCAGGUGGUGAAGGAAACCGAAAUCCAAGAUGACUGCAAUAUGCGGUACAUUUUUGAGACGUUUGAUGGAACCAAAUCCACCUACAUCAACAUGGAGAACAAGAAUCAGGCCAACUGGUUGAGAUAUCUGCGGCCAGCUAGACAUCGUGACCAGAAGAACUGCGUACUGAAAGUGCGAAAUAGUCAGAUCGUGUUCGUUACAUGUUCGGACCUGGAUGUUGGCAGCGAACUGCUGUACUGGAGUGACGACACGAAUUCGGCCUGGGGGAAGAAGAAAAUGGAGAAAACAAACUGUGGUGGUUGUAAUCUGAAGUUCGAACACUCACUGUAUUAUCGGACACACUGCUCGGUCUUCCACGAUCCGUCGUUCAGUUUGACGAUUCGAAAAUACCACUGCAAAGUGUGCGGCAUUGCGGUCCUCGGUAAGGAGAACAUCAUGAAACAUGCCGAAAAGAUGCACGACGGCAAGGGAGCUUAUCAGUGUCAGUUUUGUCAGAAGUUCUUCCUGCGCCUUAACUACUUGGAGAUGCAUCGAACAUACGGUUGCAGCAUGAAUCCCCAGCGGGCACGCCCACUGUGUGACUUUUGUGGACGCAAAUUCUGCCAACCGCAGAAGCUGAAAGUACACAUCAAACGAAUGCACAGCGAUAUGGCCGAAGUGCUGCGGGACUUUCAGUGCAAGUUGUGCUCCAAACUGUUGGGCUCACGGGCUGCAUUGCAGCGUCACUCGAAGGAAGUUCACAGUAGAAACUCGGCGGUAGUGAGUUGUCCCCGGUGCCAGAAGCUGUUCCAGAACAGGAGCAACCUAAAAAUUCACAUGUUGACCCACUCCGGGGUUCGACCGUUCAAAUGCGCGGAGGGCGAGUGCGUGGCGGCAUUCACGACCAAACAGUGUCUCCAGUUCCACUACAAGAAGGUACACGGCUACACACAGGAACAGAUGCCGAAGAUUGAGCGCAGUGUGGCGUACACUUUCGACGCGUAUUCGGGUGGUAUGAAUGAUGGAUUGGUUGAUGGGAUCCAGCGUCGGCAGCGCCGGAAGUUGGAACCGGGCGAGGAAGGUCAGCAUCCGAAUGGCGAGAAGAGGAAACGUGCCCCCAAGGAGAUCUCCGGUAACAUCCUCAAGACGAAAAACAUUCUGGAAUCGUUCAGCGAGAUUUGCAAAAACGACAGCAAUUUGUCGCUGCUUUCGAAUAAAAUUUCGUCGAUUCUGAACGGGAAUCUCAAGGACUUCUCGAAGGUUCCCGGUGGAGUGACCGGAAUGGAUGGCGGUGAUGGAGUAAGAAAGGAAGAGUUGGAGGAUGAUUUAGAUUCGAACGAUUGUACGGAGCGGGAUGAGCGUCUGGAGGCUAUUCAGCGUCAUUUGAGUCAGCCACUGCAGGAAGAGAAGCAUGACGACUUUAGUCAGCUGCAUUCUCGCCUAUCUAACAUAUCAAGUCAAAGUGAGCCGAACCAACUGCAUUAUAAGAUGUCCAACGAAGACGACAAACCGCUAGCUGACGGCGAUGGUUUUGGUGAUCUGAAUGCUUUAGCCGCCAACCAUAAGUACAAAGAAUUCAUGAAUGGUGGUAAUCCGGGGCUGGUGAUUAGCAAAGGUAGCAAAAAGUGGAUCAGCGACAACGAUCAUCUACAGGAUGACAACAACUCGGAGAAUAUGCUCGCGGCGGCUGCCAACAGGGAUUUCAUCACCAAGCUGAUAAUGAAUGGAAACGUAGGGCACAGCUCACAGCAAAAUCAUGCCGUGGAUGACGAUGAAGACGACGACGAUAAUUCUACGAUCCUGGAUGUGGUUGAUUCGAACAAUCAAAAUCAACAGAACUCCAGCUCACAAAGUCAGCAGACUCAGCAGCAACAGCAACAUCAGCAGCAACAACAGUAUACGUCUAGUUUUACGGGUUUGAAUAGUUCUUUGCCGGACUUGCCAACAUUCCAAAGUCACACUUUUCCAACGCAUUUCAAUCAUCAAUCACUGUUGGGUAGCUUCUACAAUAAUAACGGUGGUGUGACAAGUAGAAACGCUAUCAACACUAUUCCCACGUCGGCCAGCAUGUUGGUGGAAGCCGCCCUAAAUUCCGUCAGCAAUAUAAUAAACGAAGCGGAGAUGAACAACAGCAACAACGACCAGCAGGACAUGCACAUGACCGAUAUUGAUAGUGGCAACGCAGGUGGCAAUGGUAACAACCUUCAGUCCGACUCGUUCAACACAAGUGGUAUUGAUGGGUCCGUAGACGAUAUGAAGAUGUUGAAACCUCACAAUUUCAUGAACUCCAUGUCUCAAUUCUCUACGCAGUCUCCAGAUGAUGCCAGUAUCAUCCAAGAACGGAGUGAGAUCGAAGUGGUGAGGCCAAAAUCACGCGACAAGCUUUCAGCCUACGGUGACGGAGAAAUGCUAGGUUAUGACAGCCAACAACAUCAGCAGCAACAAUCCCAAUCGACGCCACAUAAACAUACGCCAAGUGUAGAUUCUGUACGCAGUGCAAUGUCCCCGGAGCAGAACGAUUUCAGCUAUUCGAACUCGAACGGGGCGCAAGGACAGCCACACAUUGCUACGAAUUCUCCGGUACGUUCAAGCUCCCGACAGAUCUACGGAGAUCAUGAUCUCAUAUCACCCGCAUCGACACCGUCAUUGCCAAGAUACGACUUCCGCUCCGAGAGUAAUAACUACGCACGUCGACAGGAGAAAACCAUCAGCUCGCUUGCUCUGGAGAACUUUGAAGCUAACCUCAAGAGUAACCACCACAUGCAGCAUAUGUCCAGCGAUGAGGAUAGCAGUAUUGUGAUCGCGGAGAAUCUGUCGGUCAGUGCCGCCAAUAGCGAAGCUAAGCUGAAACUCAAUAAUCAGACGUCUACUGCCGACUUCCUGGCGGCGACUGCAGGUAGUGGCGGUAGUAAGUAUGACACUGGGCGAAACACUAUUGGUGCGGAUCUAUCCGCAGAUCUUCGUCUGAAGUACAACUCCGAACCGAACGUAGAUCUUCCAGACUUCCGGUCGAACAAUGCAAUGAACGAAGCUUCAGACUUCCAGGGAUUGGAUAUGACAUCUCGGGCGGGUUUAUCUUCGAGUUACUCACACACCAACUUCCAGGUUCCACCGUCUGGACCUAACCUGAACUUCAACCGAUACCACCACCAUAUCUACGACAUUCUCAAUGAACGCGAGCAACACCAGCAGCAACAACAGCAACAACAUCAGCACCAGCAGCAGCAAGAAUACCAGUUGCAGCAGCAACAACAGCAACAACAUCAGCAACAAAUGCAGCACAUGAUACAGGAUCACAUCGGUCAGGACACGGAAUCAGAUCAACCGGCAUCGGUUGAUUUGAGUCGUACCUCGAACUACCUUGUCCCUUCACCACCCUCCCCGGCGAUCCCUUACUCCCAUCCCCACCCGGAUAUGAUCCGUAUGGUUUCGUUGGAUCUAAGCUCGAACAGUGGCAGCAACAUGAUGGUCGGAAACACUCCCCACCACGUGCGGCAUCCAUCGUUCCUCUCCUCCCAGAUACAGCACUCCAACCGUGACUCGUUGCCAGAUCAUCACCGUUUGUUGGCUAGUGAACAGCUUGCUGCCAGCAAUCACCGUCUCCUGGUCGAUCCCGCUGCCCAUCUGAUCUUCGAGCAAAACAACCGGUUGUUGGCGGAAACUCCCGGACCGGCACCACCUCCUCCACGCCACGUGGUGUCCCCUCAGAGGGGCUUCGGAGCUUACCAUCAUCAUCACCACCACCAGGUCGGUACACCAAACUAUCAUCAUCACUCGGUUAAGCAGAAUCUCACCUCUCCGCCGCUGAAUCAACACACAUCCGCUGCGGCAGCAGCAGCAAAUUACCACCCCUUCCCGACUUACUACUAAAAAGAGCGAUUCCAUUCGAAUUCGAAGGUCGAUAUUUUUGUAUUUUUUUUUUAUUUGGCUUUGAUUUUGCAGACACAUUCUCAAUAACCAGAAAGGACAUUUUGUAUAAUCGGUUUUCCAUUUUUGACUCUAACCUUACUUUUGAGAUGGGCCCAAACAAAAAUUGCUUGAAAAUAAAAGAAAAGAAACACAGAAACCAAUUGAACUGGUCCGAUUGUUUUGGUGUCUUCCGCAAUAUUUUAGGUUAUUAUUUGGGCCUUAUGAAGAAAGUAUGCGAUGUUCAAAAAAAAGUUUCAUUUUUAUUCUAUUUCGAAAAUAACACUUAAAACUCAAAUUUCUAAAAAAAGAUGCUUUUGAUUUUUGACGUAGAAUUGCGUCUUUCGCGAACAUAUUAGGGGUGCAAAUUGUGAAACGAAAAUCGAUCGCAUCGUAAAAAUUAAAUUUCAAACGCUUUUUGUUGAGUCAAUUCACGAUGGAUUGAUGAGAUUUUUGCUUCAAUCGAUUUGGGCACUCUAUAACAAUUUGGAAAUUACACCUAUAGAAGCUACAUUGGCAACAGCAGCGGCAAAAGUACGAAUGUGUCUGUCACAAUGGAUUGGAUUUCCUGGCUAGAAUGGAUCGUUCGAUUUGAGCUGCCUAUUUUUCAGAUUCGUUUCCGCACAAGGAACGUUUAUACGGCGAGCAAUCAGAAAAGUGGCCAACUCGUCUCUGCGUAGUAGGCGUUGUUAUCACUAUCAGGCCCUUCCUCACAAUGUAACGGUCGCCAUAUCAUGCAAAACACGCAUUUAAACAAGAGGAACAACAAAAGCUUGCGUUUUUGCAACGUAAUUGACCGUUUCGGAUUUAGUUGCAUAAAUCAAGAACCCACUCAUUUCUAUCCUGGGGGAUGUUCUCUGAUCGAGUUAUUGUUAACAAACAAUGAAGACUUUGUCGUGAAUUUCAAUCAGGUGGCUGCUCUUUACUCUAUAGCAUACAGGAUACCGUUCUUGCGGAUGAUUUUCUGAAUAUGUGCUUGUUAGAUCUUUUUGAUACGUUCGUUCCAGUCAAAUAAUUUUCAUUCCAAUGAAGAAAUUCAUAAUGCCAUGUUUUCAAGAAAUGUUGCAUACAUGCAGUGGACUAGAAGCAGAAGUGGUUUUGAUCAUGCAACAUAUGAACGUGUUAAUCAUUUAAUAAAAACAGCCAAAGCUGAUUACGUUUCCUCUAUUUUGCAUUCCGGUAAUUCUAGUCAGCAACUGUGGAUGAGACUCAAGCAAUUCGAUGUUACUUUACCUCCUGAUAAUCAAACAAAGUUUCCUAACUCUGGUGAUGAAAUCAAUAAUUUCUUCAGCGAAAACUUUACUCGCUCCAUUCUACCCUACGUUAUUACUUCAAUUACAUUCAUAUUUAACCUAAUAUUUUCUGCUUCUAAAUUUACUCGAGCGUGGAAAGCAACUAAAAUAAUUCACACACCUGAAAAAACCAAAAAAAAUGCAUUAAACAACAUGCGUCCAAUUAACAUUCUUUGCUCUUUGUCCAAUGCUUUUUUCCAAGCAUCAAAUGCAAGAGUUUAAAAACACGUUCAGCCUUCUUACUCCUUUUCAAUCAGGUUUCCGAGCUGGUUAUUUUGCAGUAUGAUAUGGGAUGGAAAGCUCAUAUUAAUACACAAAAUAAUACUCAAAAAUCUAUGCAGGUCUGCGCCACUUGAGACUUAAUGCAAGUAUGUUGUAUGUUACGGUUUGAAUAAGAUUAUUUAAAACUCUUCUACUUCCCCACUUUAUCUAUGGUUUAGAACUCACACCAAAUGCCUCUGUAGCUGCUCAUUUGUUCGAAUUCUUCACUUACAAAGUAAAUAUGUUGAAUUCAAUUGAAUUCGAAAUUAUUUCACUCAAUUGAUAACUUAAUCGAUACAAAAAAGCGAUUACUAAGCCAACGGUAGUAGUUCCAUGUCAACCUUGUGGUUAUAUCAUAUAUAUAUAACCCAGCCAUUUUUUUCCGAAAGUAGCUACACUGGAAAAAAAUUACUCAAAAAAUUGAAACUCGUUUUUUAUGAACAUAUUUUUUUAAAUUCCUCUAAAAAAUAUGUAUGAUUAGUCCAUACAAUUACCAACAAGUCAUCCAUACAUCGGAAGAUGGGAACUUUCACAGGGAAACAGUUUUUCUAACAACUUUUUCAUGUUCUCAUUUAAAAAAAUAACAACUAAUCCUAAUUUUGUUCGAAGUCAAGAUAGCGAUGUAGUGCAUUAGACAAAGUUUUAGAUCUUAAUAAAAUAUGGACUUUGGCGAAGACACUUAUUUUCUAUCUUUUAUAGUUUCUGGAAUACAUGGCAUUUUUGUGUGGAGACUCCUGAAAAAAUAAUAUUUUUAUCAUAGCAUUUUUGUGUGUGAGUUCUCGCGUUUGGUAUGUUUUUGACAUGUUUCUAAAAUGAAAAAAGAUUGCAGAACAUGUGAAACGGAAUAAUAUGCACACAGAUGUCGAAUAUCGUAUUCCGAUGCCAUUUUGGAAAAGAAGAUGGUGACUUCCGGUUCAUUGAAAUGGAGUUAGUGGAGUGGAGUUAGACAAAUAAAGUGUUAGAAACUAAGAUCGUGUUAGAGCGAAAUGGCGGUAGUAAAAGAGCACGAAAACGGAAACGGAACGCUAAACGUCGUUCAACCACUCAACACUGCACAACGGUCAACGCUCAGCGAAAACUAAUCUUGCCUUUUCCGGAUUCCUGGUCCUUUCUUUGUUUCUAAAUAUGGAAAUCAAACUUAACGUUUGUGAUAAUCACCUGGAAUUAUUGACAGUAAUGAAAGUGCCUGAAUGCAGGCUUUUCGAUAUUCGUUCAUGCUGUUUUCGUCCAAAAUACCAGACAAGUUCACGCGUCUCGACUCUUGUGUUAUACUCAUUAUGAGAAUUCAUCCGACACUGGAAAAAAAGCUAAUUCCUUCAUUCGUGAAUAAAUUGUGAUAAUUUGUGGCACUGGUUUUUUGACCUCGAUAAAAAGCGAAGAAGAGCAGGUCUCGAAAAUGUUGAUUUUUGCCUGCUGGGUACUUCAUUUCUAAGCCUCAAAACUAAUAAAAAAUUAUAUAACUCAAAAAUGCAAUUAACAUAGUUUUACACAUCAAGAAGAGUUCUAUCGAAUAAAUAAAACAAAUUGUUGUAAAAUAAAAGAAAUAUAAGAACGGUAUAAACCUAUUCCCCAACCCAAUACUUUCUCUACAUAGUCCUGAUAAUAACCUAAAACAUUGUGGAGAACACCAAGUUAAUUGGACUAAUCGUUUCUGAAUCAUAUAUUUUUUUUUAAUUUUCAAACAAUCUUUGUUCAGGCCCUUCUCGAAUAUAAGGCUGGAGUCAAAAUGCCGUGGAUGCAAUAUGACCUUUUUGGUCAUGGAGGUUGCGUCUGCAAAAAUUGAGCAAUUAAAAAAAUACAAAUAAUUAAAUUUAUUGGAAGAAUCGUCAUUUGCGGUGGAACAGCUCUAAACCGUCAGGAAGUCAUGCAGUGCAGUUGCGAUCAUAGCAGAUAAAACAAUUUCCGUUCUCUUCCUCUUAGUUACUCUAGUCUCUAGGUACUGAAAGUACGCACAUACGAAUCAUACAAAUCAUAACAAGGUGAAACGACACAAGCUGUUAUCAAAAAAAAAAACAAACUAAAACCACUUAAUAAAAGUAAGCCAGUAGGAGAAGCAGCUAGCCAAAGAGUAUUAUCUAAAGAAAAACGCCCACCAGAAAACAAGCUGAUCGUAGAGAACAGAAACCUCCCGGAAAGCACUUCCGAUCAAUCAUCAUCUAAAGAGAGUUCCGUAGAAUGUCACGGUCAAUCAUCAGCCGGACUAUAUUUCCAUUACUUUUAUCGUGCCAUUGUAUUUUCGUCGAUGUAUACUGUAUAAAUUUUAGCUCUGUAUUCGUUUCAGUUAUAAAUAAUUUCCUUACAUUGAAUCAAUCAAAACGUUAGAUCGCGCAGGAAACAAGUUCGACAAAUGUGUAAGCAUACAAACAUUAUAAAUGUUUUUUCUUGAAAUUUAUUCAUCGCUGUAUUUAGCACAAAUUGGAGCAGCCAGAGCGCUUGGCAAUACAAAAAAAAACUAUUACUUACCGUAGUUUGUAAAAUUUACUCCGACGUGAGAGAGACGAAAAAAUGAUACGUCAACCCCUACAAAGCAAAAGAUAAACUUAGUAACUUAUUGUGCCAAACGCGCUGAAGACCACUCAACAACAAUGGUUUUUUCUGUUGUUUUUUUGCUCCCGUCUACUUCCGACAUCAUCAGUGAAAUCGUUUUAGAGUUUUAGUAGUAGUUGUAUAAUCGAUAUUUACAAAACAAAAAUUCAAACUGUAUCUGUGUAAUAUUGGUAAAUUGAAAUCUAAUGGAUAGUGUUCUAUGUAACAGUGGCACAAAAAUGAAUGCAACAACAGAAGAGAAAAUCCUUUUGUCUUCAGCAGCAAACAAGAAACAUAAAUAUACACUCACAAACACAUCCACACACACGCGCGCCGAUAAACUGGUCAAAGUUUCUCUGGACAUUCGCUACCCAGUUAUUCGACCAAUAUAACACACGGUAGAGCCGACACUUCCGGUAAUAAUAAUGACUAGCACAAACAAAUGGACGACAGCUAGAGAUCAUGUGUUUGACUGAAACCUUCGGCAAAAAUUUUGCAUAUACUAAGAGAACUCAAGUCGUCAUAUUGAUUGAAAUGAAAGGGUAAUUGAACUAAAAUCUGUCAGGCAUGAAUAAUGUAUGAUAUGGAAAAUUAAUAAACAAAAUGAAAG